GAAAGAUCUUGGCGCAAUUGGCCUUAGAGCAUGUAUGCAACCUUCACUCGACUGUAUUUUACUGAGCCGUAUUCCAACCUUUCCUCGUCCGCAACUUAAAGCUCACUCUCAUUUUGCACGUCAUUAUCGCUCGCACCCCAAAACCAUUACUAAAGAGCGGUGGAAGCGACCAGGCAGAGGUGGACAGAAUUUAUCAGAGCGUUUCCGGAGGCUUGAAAACACUCUUCGAGGGAAAGGUGCUUUCACGAGAAAAGUAGCAGAGCUAUCUCAGGUCCCAGACGUUGCACAUAGCGCGUCGCAGUAUGUUGGAUCAAGCGGACUCAAGAGGUUUGCGUUGCCUGAACAGCCCAAACCUCCUGCGGAAGAUGAAUGCUGUAUGUCAGGCUGCGCGAUAUGUGUCUAUGACCUAUACCAAGAUUCUUUGACCGCUUACGAUGAGUCCAUCAACUCUCUACGCGUGUUACUCUCCUCGUCACACAUACCCGAGUCCGAGUGGCCUCCAGAUAUCCGUAAGUCUUCACAAGGGAUUACGGCUGAGAAACGAAAGGAUGUUGUUUUGAGUGCAUUCGAGGAAAUGGAACGAGCAUUGAAAGAGAAGCAAGAGCGCCGCGUGAAAGAUGAAGCUGGGGGUUAGUUUGGCUUUGGUUAUUGGCUGGUGCCUUGUGCUGAUUAGAGAAUGGUAGCGAUUCACCAUUUACGAUGGAUUACAAUGGGUGUUGUUCAGUAAUCGGUGAUAAACUAGAAAUUUAAACGGACCCCGCACCAAGUCACAAACUAAUGACUUGUGGCUUGUUUAUUCCAACCUAUUCCAUGAUUUCUCGACGUAAACCAACGCACAAGAGUCUAAGGGACUAUAUCGUUCUUAGGUAUUCGAUAGUGUAGCAUAAGCAUAAGUUAUCGUGGAUAUGUCAAGUUGUUU